AUGAUACAGACGCAGUUCAACAAGAAGGUCAAAUUUGUGCGACACGAUGGAGCCCGCGAGUUUGCGACGAACUCGCUUCAAGAUUUCUACGAAGUCGAAGGCAUCGAGCAACAAACCACGGUGCCAUACGCACAUCAAGCCAAUGGAACUGCUGAACGCGCGAUUCGAACUAUCGUCACCAUCGGUCGUAGCAUGCUCCAUCAUGCCAAGUUGGACAAGUGCUUCUGGGCUGAAGCGGCAAUGACGGCCGUCUAUGUGAAGAACCGUUUGCCGUCACCCAAGAUUCCACACAAGACACCGUUCGAGAUUGUCUACAAUUCUAAGCCAAGUGUCAAGCACAUGCGCGUUUUUGGGUGCCAAGCAUACAUCUUGACCCCGAAGGAGAAACGACUCAAGUGGGAUCCCAAGGCCCGGGCUGGAUUGUUUUUGGGCUACGAAGAAGUGUCCAAGGCGUAUCGAGUUUACGACAUCGAAGCGGGGCAGGUGAUGAUAAGUCGCGAUGUCAACUUCGAUGAGUCGGCCUUUGGAAUGUCGAUGCUGAUUUCCGAUGACGAUGUUGAUGUUGAUGGCCUGGACUUCGAAUCGAUCGAUCUUGAUGAUGAAGAACCGCGUCCGAGACACUUCAAACAAACAGGAAAGCGCAAGGCCCAACCCAGUCACGACAAUGACGACGCAAGCAUGCCCCGAGCAGUGCGCCAACGACCCGGAUUGGAAGAGUCAAGUGCGCCGGAUGACCUCUCUUCACGUCGAGCCAACGAAGAUGAAGAAAGGAAGUCGGAGGAACAACAUGACACACCGACUUCCUCCGCGUUUUGGCAUGCGAGUGCAAACGCCGUCGAAGCAGCGGUCGAUUUUUCGGAGCCGUCGACAUUUGAAGAAGCAGUGUCUGGCCCGGACCAAGUACACUGGCGCAAGGCAAUUGAUGCGGAGCUCGAUUCGAUGAAGCUUCGCGGUGUCUUUCGUGCGGCCAAGUUACCCAAAGGACAAAGCGCCAUUGGCACAAAGUGGGUCUUCAAGAUCAAGCGCAAGGCGGAUGGGUCGAUCGAGAAAUACAAGGCACGACUUGUGGCCAAGGGUUUCCGCCAAAAGUAUGGCAUCGACUACACGGAGACGUUCUCACCCGUGGUCAAGUAUGUGACGCUGCGAAUGAUCAUCGCCAUUACCAAGCACUUUGGAUGGCCCCUCGACCAGCUCGAUGUGGUGACUGCGUUCCUGUAUGGAGUGAUGAAGGAGAAGGUGUUCUGCGCUGUUCCGGAAGGCGUCAAGAUGGAAGGUGAUUUCGACUGUCUCGAGCUGAUCAAGGCGAUCUACGGUCUCAAGCAAGCCUCGCGUGUUUGGAACGAGACCUUCGACGAGUUCAUACGCUCGAUUGGUUUUCAAGCGUCAGGAUUCGAUCCAUGUCUCUACAUCAUGACUUCGGAAGGCCAUUGUGUUUUUGUGCUGGUCUACGUGGACGAUGUCUUGGUGACUGAAAGCUCGCUCGAGAUGAUUGCGCGCACCAAGAACGACCUCAAGACACGCUUCGAGAUGACGGACAGCGGCAAGUGUGCCUUUGUUCUUGGGAUCGAGUUAUUGGACGGUGAAGAUGGCAGCGUGACUAUGUGUCAGCGCCGUUAUGUCGACGAUGUCCUCAAGCGCUUUGGAAUGGAUGAGUGCAAGGCUGUGGCAAGUCCGGUGGACGUCAGCUCUCGACUGGUUCCAAGCAACUCUGCAAGCAAGGUGGAUGUCCCAUUCCGUGAAGCAGUGGGUGCUUUGAUGCAUCUGACGACUGCAACGCGACCGGACAUCGCCUAUGCUGUAAGCUUUGUGUCACGGUUCAUGGAGAAACCCCAAGAAGAACACUGGGUUGCAGUCAAGCGCAUCUUCCGCUACCUACAAGGCACCAAGAUGCAUGGAAUCUGCUACAAGCCAAGUGCGAAGAUCGCCUUUCGUGGCUAUUCAGAUGCAGACUGGGCCGGUGACCUUGCUGAUCGCAAAUCGACGUCCGGCUACGUCUUCAUGCUAUUGGGUGCUCCGGUGAGUUGGGGCAGCAAGAAACAGCCAAGUGUGUCACUGUCUACAAGCGAAGCGGAGUACAUCGCGCUCAGCCUGGCGAUCCAAAAAGGCAAGUGGAUCAAUCGCUUGCUGUGCGAGAUCAUGGCGGCUGCAAACGAAGAAGGACCCGAGCUCGUCAUCCGUGAAGACAACCAGUCGUGCAUCAAGAUGACGAAGAAUCCGGUCAACCACGGCCGCGCUAAACACAUCGACAUCAAGUACCAUCACAUCCGUGAUGAAGUCAAGCGCGGCGAAGUGAAGCUUGAAUACUGCGAGACAACGUUGAUGUUGGCGGACAUCAUGACGAAGGGACUUCACGGACCGCGUCACAAGGACUUGACGGCGGCGCUUGGCAUCCGUGCGUGUUCGGAUUGA